CUAGCAGAGAAAGAGGAAACCACAGUUUCACUCUUCCCACGUAAAGAAAGCAACAACCCCAGCAGCUCCAGCAAACACCCUCCCUCUUUUUCUCUCUCUCGCACUUAUAAAUACACUAUGCUUGCACUUCAUACAAUGCAGAGGUAGGCCUGUGUUCAGUUUAGGGCCUGGUCACAGGUCUAGAAACCGAGAUGCCAGAUGAGGUAAAGCAGCAUCAAGUGGUGUUGAUCUUGCUAAAGCAGUCUGGAAAUGAGGUGCCUUUGUGGUUUGUCUCUUGCCGGAAACGAGUCUCAUUUGAUCCCUCCCACCAGACAGCGAAGACUGAGCGAAAUUUACACAGCUCUUCACAUCAACAUGAACAAAUCGUUAAUGUUUCGUCUUAAAUAACACCUCUCAGUCAGAAGAUCGCCUUGCUGAGAAAACCAUGAGUGAAGAGGAAGAGGUGCCCUUGAUGAAGAGCGAAAGGGCUGGCAGUCAGAAGUCCAGCUGUGACUCUGCCCUGCAGGUGCACCUGUACUACAGCCCUAGCUUAAAUUCAGAGACCACCUUCACUAUCCCCACCGGACACAUCACAGCAGAGAGCGUGUGUGUGCUUGCUGCUAAAGCCAGCGGAUUUCUUCCUGUGUUCCACAACCUGUUUGCUUUGGCAUCAGAGGACCUUUCAUACUGGUAUCCACCAACUCAUGUGUUUAAUAGCGAGGAAAACGUCAAAGUUCACUACAGAGUGAGGUUUUUCUUCUCAAGCUGGUUUGGUCAAGGAUCCAAAGCAUCGUACCGCUUCAGCCUCAGCAGAGGACGAAUCUGUGCCGUGCUGGACUACUGCGUCAUUGACUAUCUUUUUGCUCAGUCCCGCAGUGAUUUUGUCUUAGGACGUGGUGGGAUUUCUCCUCCUUUGAGUUUGCAGCAGGAAUGUUUGGGAAUGGCAGUGCUGGAUCUGUGGCGUAUGGCCAAAGAGAGAAACCAGAGCCUUGGUGAGAUCUGCAAUACAACAAGUUACAAGACCUGCCUCCCAGAGACCCACAGACAAGACAUACAGCGCAUGAGCCGCCUAGCGCGGUAUCAGAUCCGCAAAACGCUGAAGCGAUUCCUAAAGAAGCUGGGAAGAUGCUCAGCUGGAGAACGCAGCCUGAAGCUCAAGUACCUGAUGGAGCUGAAUGUGGUGGAGCCGAAUUAUGGCUCAGAAAGCUUCACUUUGCAUCACUCUGGAUGGUUAGAGCAGAGUGAACAGCAGAGGGUCAAAGCCGUGCGGGUGUCUGGAGAAGGAGGGAUUCAGAUACAGACCAAAGACAGCCAGGAAUGGCAGACAUUUUGUGAUUUUCCCCAGAUCACAGACAUUAGUAUUAAACGUCUUUCUCAAGAGCAGAUGCCUCUGGAAGGACGGGUGGUCACUCUUACACGUCAAGACGACCAGUGCAUGGAGGCUGAGUUUCACACCUUAACUGAGGCUCUUUCCUUUGUAUGUCUGGUUGAUGGGUAUUUUAGAUUGACUACAGAUUCGACUCACUAUUUCUGCACAGAAGUGGCCCCGCCGAGCUUACUGGAGGACAUACAGAAUUACUGCCACGGCCCAAUCACGUCAGAAUUUGCAGUGCACAAACUUAAGAAAGCUGGAGCCAAAAAUGGGAUGGUUCUGUCGGUGUCCAUAUCGGAAGAUUGUCCAGGGGUGAAGCUGCUGGAUCCUGUGAAGCAGCAGUUUUAUGAGCAUUUCUCAAACCUGCCUGCGCUGGAGUGGGCUGAGAUGGCCGAACUGAUCGCUCAGUGCAUGCAGUACCAGCCUGAGCUCAGACUGUCCUGCCGGAGCAUCAUCUGCCAGCUUAACAGCCUCAUCACUUCUGAUAAUGAGAUUAUUCAUGCGACUGGCACACUUCCCAAGAGUGACAGCCUCUGGAGAGGACCAAACAUGUUCAAAAAGCAACAGCAGGACAUUUUUGAGGAGCGAUACCUGCGAUUUAUCUCUGUCCUGGGAAAGGUCCCGUCUUCAUCUCAACUCACUCUCCGUGACAGAAUGUCUGGUCCCGAAAUGGUCCCGGCGGAUUUGGAACAACUGUGGGGUGUGAUCCAGCAGCAGACCGUGGAAAUCAUGAGUCUGAAGCAGGAGAUUGUGGGACUUCGAGCGGAGGUUACCGCGCUUCGUGCCGAGACCGCCGGUCUUCGGGCGGAGUGCGGGGCUCUCCAAUCGGAUCUCACCACUCUGCAAGCGGACUAUGACGACCUGGCUGCUGCACAGAUCGCCCCCGCGGAACCAAUCCGCCCCGCCCAACAACCCAAGAUUUCACUCCCUGAUAAGUGGGAUGGAUCCGGUGCCCGGUGUGAUGUUUUUCUCACUAACCUCUCUCUCAUCUUUGAGUUCCAGCCAUCACGUUACCCUACAGACCGCAGCAGGAUCGCUCUACUCGUCUCACUUCUCACCGGGCAGGCAGCCGAGUGGGCUACGGCGGUCCUGAAGGCCAACAGCGACUCCGCCCACUCAUAUCCAGCAUUCACCACCCAGCUCAGGGCCGCCUUCCAACACCCUGAGAGCGAGGUGGAGGUAGACUCGCGCCUAUACCAUCUCAAACAAGGAGAACGCAGCGUCAGCCGUUACACCACCGAGUUUCGCACCCUGUCAGUUCAAACCACCUGGAGUGACGCCGCUCUCCGCACAGCCUACUAUGAAGGACUUUCCAUCCGCCUCAAAGACGAGUUGGCUGUGCGGGAGCUCCCUGACACCCUGGAGGGCAUGAUCCAGCUGGCUCUCCGGGUCGAUCAGAGAAUGCGUCACCAUUCACAUCGCACUAAUCCUGUCUCUCGUUCAUCCACAGGCACCAUUCCCCGCAUAAGGACCCUGGAUUCACCCGUCACCUACGCUGUCGCUGCGCCCUCUCCUCCUCCACCUAUCGCCUCAGAGGCCCACUCAACCGGAGCCGGGGAGCCCAUGCAAAUAGGCCGCACCUCCCUGUCGGCAGCAGAGAGGGCUAGACGCUACCGCGAAGGUUUAUGUGCCUAUUGCGCCUCCCCAGAACACCAUCGAGCGAUCUGCCCUCUUCGUCCGGGAAACGGCCAGACCAGGUAG